AUGGGGUGGGGUUCAUCAUCCCCAUCAAACAAUACAACUGCAUCGCCGAAUAACACAGCGGAUCCAGGAAGCUCAGCCUCCUCCGCUACGGCCGCGACUGCAUCCCGCUCUCCCGACAUCAACUUCUUUAGUACCGUGCUCCGCGCAGACGGCCACCACACAAUACCGGCGCCGACAACCACACUUCAGCAGCAACCUACAGACCAGGACUCCUAUCCUUCCGGGUUUGACAUGCUUGGAUUCAUGGGUGGGAUCACUUCUGAGCUGGAACAGAAACACCUAGACUUGACAACCGGACUCCCAAUGACUUUCACCGCUAGUCCGGGGUCGCAGUCGCUACCCGCAACACUCACACCAGACCGUCGUAUUCCACUUACUCCAGAUAACUCGCCUCCAAUUGUUGAUGGGACCUCAGUUGGAAGCGCUUCUGACGUGCCAGCUACGCGGGGCAGCUUGUCCGACACAGGUAGUGCUUCGUAUGAGGACCAGCUGCUACAGCACUUUCUGGCGAUUGACCCGCCGGCUGCUCUUUUUGCGCCAAUAAACAUUGAGUGGAAGUAUAUGCGGCCAGCGUUGCUGGCCCAUGCACGAGAUUCUAGUCCGCUUUUGAAUGCCUUGUAUUGUUAUGCGGAUGUCCAUAAAGCAAUGAUGGAAGGGAAAAGAUGGCGCUGGGCACCUACUUUUUAUAGAGUGUCCAGUUCGGAGAUCCAAGCUUGUAUUCGUGGCGAGUUGACCGAGUCCACACUCAUCAAAGUUUUUGGUGCUGUUUUUCUUUUGAUGAUAUCCGAGAUUCUCUCAUCUCCCGAAAUAGGUGCCGGAGCCUCUUAUAUCCACUCGGGCUAUCUCAUUCUACAACGAUUUCAUGAUCGUACCCAGCAUUGGACAGGUUUCGGUCAUCUGCUGGUGGCGUGGGUCAAGCUGCUAGAUGUCAAGUCCUUGAUUGCAGGCCGAGAUGGCGAUCCUCUCCCCGAGCUCGGCCACAUCCCAGAACAUAGCAUACCACUGAAACCACCAAAUACAAAAACUUCCGACACACGACACAUAACAGCGCCAACAGAUCACAAUGAAGAGGACAGCAUCGACGACCCAUUCCUCAGCCCAAACUAUCUCGUCUACGAAGCAAUCGUAGGUCCAGCAUUCGAAUUCUUCGCGCAAGCCCAACAAGUCGUCCGACGAAUAGUCUGCAUUGACCUCCACCACCGCAGCCGCGGAACCCUCACCGACGAGUUCGAAGUCCUCCAACUCGCCCACAAAGUCGGCGCAGACCUUGAAACACUCUGGCACCGACGUCCCUCGGUAAUAGACGUCUACGGACGACCAGAAGCCCUAACUGAUAUACUGAGCGCGCCUGUGGCAUUGGAAAUCUGCCGCACAUUCCGACAAUACGUGGCCAACUUCCUAGCGAACUUUAUCUACCUGCAUCGUGUUGCAUUUGCAAUCUACCCUCGCACAGACCGCGUCAACGGUGCCGUCGAUCAAAUCAUCCAACUGGCUACCGUUGACUCUGCCGGGCCGGACCAUCUGCCUGUCAGCUUCCUAUGGCCGCUGUUCAUUGCUGGGCUCGAGGCUACGGAAGACCAGCGCAAGUGGAUUCUCGGCGAGAUUCAGCGUAUGGCUGCUGCGCACGAGGCUGACGCGGCACCUUCCGACACGCGCCACCCAACUGCUGAUAGGGUGCUCGUGCUUGUGGAGGAGAUGACGAGGCGGCAGGAUGUGUCGCGUACUUGGGCAGACUCGAAAUGUGUGAGGCGAGAAAUGUUUUCGGACUUUUUCAUUAUCAUUUAA